GCGUCUCCCCCAAUUUUUUUCCCGCGUAGAACAAAUUUUCUUCCUAAAAUUCACAUUUUCACACGCAGUAAAAACUGCAAUACAUCCCCCAUUAAUGCACAAAACACAUCAAUCACCCCCACCAAAAUCCCCAUUAAAAUAUCCACAUUCCCAUUGCACAAAUUUUCUUUUUACUACACUCAGAAAUAAGAACUUUAUUAUAAUUUUCAUCCAUUUUUUUAGAAAAGAAAAACAAAUAUUAAAAAUAUAAUGCCGCCGGAAAAGAAUCCCACAGAUUCACCCACAUCGCCGAUUCUGUCAAACAAUCCUCAACAUUUUAACAAAUCGAGGUUUAUCUUCAUUUCAAUGGCGGUUUUUCUCUCCCUCGCCAUUCUCUCCUUAAUCCUCUUCAUAACCAUCUCCUCCUCCGCCGUCCGCCACCCCAGCGCCGCCGCAUCCGGCGGCGCCGGUGCCGCAGUGCAUUCGAACCAAGAAAUCAUCGGCCUCGCCUGCAGGGCGUCACGUGACCCUACCACGUGCCAAGCCUCCUUAACCCAGUCGAAUCGCGUGCCACCAGACGCCACCGUUUUGCAGGUGAUCGAAUCCGCCGUGUGGGUGGCGUCGCAGAACCUUAAAACCGGUCGGAAGAUGGUGCAGGAUAUCCUGGACUCGUCCGCAGGGGAUAAGAACCGGUCGGUGGCCGCGAAAACCGGGCUGGAGGUGCUGACGUACGCCGAGUACCGGUUGAAUCUGGUGGACGGCGCGCUUACACGUGGCGGGAACGUGGUUAUCUUGGGAGAUGGGAUGGGCAAAACGGUAAUUACAGGUUCCCUGAAUGUGGGGCUACUGGUGGUGUCCACCUACAACUCCGCCACUGUCGGUGUUCUUGGCGAUGGAUUCAUGGCAAGUGGACUCACAAUCCAGAACACAGCGGGGCCCGGUGCAUACCAAGCGGUCGCAUUCCGAUCAGACAGCGAUCUCUCCGUAAUAGAAAACUGCGAAUUCAUCGGAAAUCAAGAUACCCUUUACGCCCACAGCUUACGUCAAUAUUACAAGUCGUGCCGCAUCCAAGGCAACAUCGAUUUCAUAUUCGGAAACUCAGCUUCAUAUUUCCAAGACUGCCUAAUACUAAUCUCCCCACGCCAAAUCGAUCCCGAGAAGGGAGAGAACAAUGCAGUCACCGCCCAAGGCAGAAUCGAUCCGUCACAGUCGACCGGAUUCGUAUUUCAAAACUGCGUAAUCAACGGCACGGAUGAUUACGUGGCGUUGUACAACAGCAAUCCUAGCGUGCACAAGAAUUACCUAGGUAGGCCUUGGAAGCUAUAUUCUAGAACGGUUUUUAUCGGUUGUACUUUGGAGUCUCUUAUUGCACCCGAUGGAUGGAUGAUUUGGGAUGGCGAUUUCGCGUUGAAGACACUUUAUUACGGUGAAUUUGAGAAUAGUGGGCCCGGUUCUGAUACGAGUAAGCGCGUUAAUUGGAGUUCGGUUAUACCGGCGGAGCGUGCUUACGCGUAUACGGUUCAGAAUUUCUUACAAGGCGAUCAAUGGAUUCCUGCGUCUUCUUGAUUGCACAUAGUAUUUUUGUAAGGAUAGAAAUAAUUUUUUUGGCAGCAAUUUAAGUCAGAAAGUUUAAUCUGCAUGACUAGUUUAUCUUAAGUUAGAACAAAUUUAGGCCGGAUGAGAUUUCGGGAAAUUAGAUAUUACACUUGAUUAUUUACACUAAUUCAAUUUGAGUCGUAUAUCUACACAUAAUCACGCACACACCCAUGUGUAUGAGUGUUUACUGGAUAGUUAUUUAAUCAAAUUUACGAUUCAAAUCCACCCAGUGUAAAUAACCAGUUGUAGCAUCCAAUGAGAUCCUUUAUUUAGGACAAUUUAUGAUU